GAAAAGCUUUGCAGUAAUUAAACAUUUUUCAUUUCGGAAAGCUAUCAUCAAUUAAAAAAAAACAUAAUGGGCUGCAAGGGUUGUGCAACUAAUUGCCAGUGCACGGCACAGAAGUGUGGCAGCAAUUGUGCCUGCAAUAAGGAUUGCAACUGUGUGUGCAAGUCUGGACCCAAGGAGCAAUGCUGCAGCAGCAAAUAAACAAGAAAUGGCAACAGUUUCUGUAAUCCAAAAUUGUUCAUAUAGGCUUGAAACAUAAACAUAAUUGUGUUUACAUUUUUCGAAAUGUUCAUCACAUGAUUCAAUAAAAAAUGGCAU